GCUAGUGUGAAGUGUUUGCACUGUGAACAAUUCACACUGAAUCUUUCUCUUCCCAACCUAGUCCGGAGCUCCGAUCUAGGGUUUCUUCUUCUCUUUCCACCAGCCCCACCUCCAAAACCCCGCCACCAAUGGCUGUUUCCGGCCAGACGCCCGAUAUCAUGGGCGACCGUCAGUACGGCCAGGACGUCCGCACGCAAAAUGUGGUGGCUUGCCAAGCUAUUGCCAAUGUUGUCAAAUCGUCACUCGGCCCUGUUGGCCUGGACAAGAUGCUUGUCGACGAUAUUGGUGAUGUGACUAUUACCAAUGAUGGAGCUACCAUACUCAAGAUGCUGGAAGUGGAGCAUCCUGCUGCCAAGAUACUUGUGGAUCUUGCUGAGCUUCAAGACAAAGAAGUUGGAGAUGGGACAACUUCAGUUGUCAUCCUAGCUGCGGAGUUGCUUAAGCGAGCAAAUGAUCUAGUGAAGCACAAAAUUCACCCCACAUCCAUUAUCAGUGGCUACAGGCUCGCUAUGAGGGAAGCUUGCAAAUAUAUUGAGGAGAAGUUAGCCGUGAAGGUUGAAAAGCUCGGAAAAGAUUGCCUAGUGAAUUGUGCAAAAACAAGCAUGUCCUCAAAGUUGAUAUCUGGUGACAGUGAUUUCUUUGCAAACUUGGUUGUAGAUGCUGUACAAGCUGUAAAGAUGACCAAUGCUCGGGGGGACGUCAAGUACCCAAUCAAGGGUAUUAAUAUUUUGAAAGCUCAUGGAAAAAGUGCAAGAGAAAGCUAUCUCUUGAAUGGGUAUGCACUAAAUACAGGUCGUGCUGCCCAAGGGAUGCCACUUAAAGUUUCCCCUGCAAAGAUUGCUUGCCUUGAUUUGAAUCUUCAGAAGACAAAAAUGCAAAUGGGUGUCCAAGUUUUGGUCAGUGACCCUAGGGAGCUUGAAAAAAUCCGCCAAAGAGAAGCGGAUAUGACAAAAGAACGCAUAGAGAAGCUUCUGAAAGCUGGAGCGAAUGUUAUUCUGACCACAAAAGGGAUUGAUGAUAUGGCACUAAAGUAUUUUGUGGAGGCUGGGGCUAUUGCUGUGAGACGUGUUCCAAAAGAAGAUAUGCGCCAUGUUGCUAAGGCUACUGGUGCAACAAUGGUAUCAACUUUCGCUGAUAUGGAAGGGGAGGAAACAUUUGAUGCUUCACUUCUUGGAUCUGCAGAAGAAGUUGUUGAGGAGCGCAUAUCUGAUGAUGAUGUAAUUUUGAUAAAAGGGACCAAAACUAACAGUGCAGUCUCUUUGAUCCUUAGAGGUGCAAAUGACUAUAUGCUUGAUGAGAUGGACAGAGCUCUUCAUGAUGCUCUAUCAAUUGUCAAGAGGACCCUAGAGUCGAACACGGUGGUACCUGGUGGAGGUGCAGUUGAGACUGCUUUGUGCGAGUAUUUGGAGUGCUUUGCUAUAACACUAGGAUCUCGUGAACAGUUGGCAAUUGCAGAAUUCGCUGAAUCUUUGACAAUCAUACCAAAGGUGCUAGCUGUCAAUGCUGCCAAGGACUCUACAGAUUUGGUUGCAAAGAUGAGGGCUUACCACCACAAGGCACAGGCUCCAGGUGAUAGGAGGCAGCAAUCACAUUGCAACUGGGGUCUGGAUCUUGUAAAAGGAGUAGUAAUAAAUAACUUAGAGGCGGGAGUCAUUGAGCCUGCAAUGAGUAAAAUAAAGAUGAUUCAGUUUGCAACAGAAGCUGCUAUAACAAUUCUCCGGAUUGAUGACAUGAUCAGGCUAGUCAAAGAUGAAAGUCAGGGUGAGGAGUAAGGUGUUUGGCUUCUAGGUUGACUUCAACGUAGAGAGGGUGUGAAGUAAUCUUUGCCAAAGAGGAGAGGCCUUUAUCAUUGAACUCCUCAUCAUGUUGUUUUCUUUAGGAAUGGUAAUCAAACUCUUCUUUCAGUAAUUUUGUUUUCUACUUGAAAGUAGGUGUGUUGGGUGUGUUAAGGAACUUGUUUACCGGUGGUGUUUCUCUCUUAACAUUGAAGCCGGAUGAGUUUUGUAUGAUUGACUAGAUGUAGAUUUACUCUACAAUAUAGUUUUGUAUUUGUAAUGGCUGUUUUGAGAACAUAAUAUGAAACCUUGGUUUUCUCUAUGCUCAAUU